GUCGUGUGUGCUGUGUAGUCUUGUAAUGAGUAAAUACAAGAACUUUCUUCAAUUGAGUAAUACAUAAGAUUAUUGGUGCCUGAUUUCGGAAGGAAAUCACAUUUUGUUUUCAAGAAGCGAAAUUCCUGUUUCUAGAAAUGAGCCAACAGGUUAUAGUAGAAGGAGCGGUUGACGUAGGCAACAGAAUGGAUUACGACUACCUGAUAAAAUUCCUCGCUCUUGGUGAUUCUGGUGUGGGGAAAACUAGUUUCCUGUAUCAAUACACCGACGGGGUUUUCAAUUCAAAGUUCAUAUCAACGGUCGGUAUUGACUUUAGGGAGAAACGCCUGGUGUACAGAUCGCAAGGAAGAAGCCAGAGGAUACACCUGCAGCUGUGGGACACAGCAGGACAAGAGAGAUUUCGUAGCUUAACAACUGCAUUCUACCGAGAUGCCAUGGGAUUCCUGCUCCUGUUUGACCUGACUAACGAACAGUCAUUCCUCGAAAUACGGAACUGGCUCGAUCAGUUGAGGACACAUGCCUACUGCGAGGACCCUGAUGUUGUGUUGUGUGGGAACAAGUGCGACAUGGAAGACAGGAGAGUGAUAUCAGAACAGAAGGCGAAAGAAAUGGCUGAAAGAUAUGGGCUGGACUACCUGGAGACUAGUGCAGCGACAGGCCACAAUGUGGCGCGGGCGGUUGAGCUGCUGGUGGAACGCGUGAUGCGCCGCAUGGAGACGGCUGUGGACCGCGCGAUGCUGCCGGGCCGGAGAGGCCGCCCCCGCCAGGAAGGAGACCCGAGUGGCCCCGGGGGCGGAGCCGGCGCGGCCUCAGGGGGCGGUGGGGGUGGGGGCUGCUCCUGCUGAUCACUGGCCUCGGAAUUGUACCUUCAUUUGGUGGGAACGUGACCAAACGUACACCAAUGCAGUAAUCCAAUCUCGAGACAGAAUAUCAGGCUUAAAAUAUAUAUUGAACUACAUUAAAGUUUUUUAUUUUCUGUCUUAAAGCCACCGAUUUAUGUUGUUACUUUUGUAUUUCACUUUUUUAAUUUUUUCAGUAAUUUUAAUAUUAUGGUGAAAAUACAGUCAUUUGUAAAUUUGUCGUCAUAUGUUAGCACAAAUUAAUAAUGUUGGAAACUGUUGGAGAAGAAACAAUUAGUCUUCCAAUUAAGAUGUUACAAUAGCAGUAACUUCUGGUAAUGGAAGAGGAAGCGUGGGUCUCAGAUGUGAAUCCAGGAGAUUGGCACUAUUACAGAUCAUAAGUUUGUACUGUAAACAUUUAGUGAUAAAUCACAAAUUUUCAGUACCGGUGUGAGACAUUUCAUUGCAAGAAUCUCGAUUUAGGAUCAUGUUUAAAUUAUUAUUAAGUAUUUUGUGUUUUUGAGGUGGUUUACUCAAGAAUUGGGCACCAUUACAUAAAAUCCUUUGCAGUUAUGAAUGUAAUUAAUUCAUGAUUCUUUGGUUGGUUGUAUUGCAAUUUUUUUAGCUGUAGUUCACUGAAUGUUUGUACUAGUGGUGGUUCUCUCCUGUGGCGCUAGAGCUGUCUCUUGAGCCUUCAGGCGGCUGAUUCAGGGGGUUGUUGGAAGAAAGUGCCAAUCACAAAAGUGUUUCAUGCUACUCUUAAGUGUGUGCUUAAAUUCAGAAGUGAAAACUUAAAUACAAUAAGGCAAAACUAAUUUGUAGUAGACAGCUUUUUCUAGCUGUAUAUAUGGAUAAGCUAAUUACCGAAAUGUGGUGCCUUUGUAACAUGAGGAAUAGUGCGAUCAGAUUAAUCGUUACUAAGCUGAAGGUUAGCAAGGCUUAGCAUUUUCUUCCAUUGACCCCCUCAGUUGGUAUCAUCCUCUAUAGAUGAUGGGCUAUAAGGCUUUAAUAUUCUCAAUCCAAUGUUUGUCACAUUGACCGACUGCUUCACAUCUGCUAUAAAAAAAGACAUCUGCAGUUUUUAUUCAUAUUUUAUAGAAUGUGUUGUCACUUUUAUUUUUUGAAAAACUUGUGUUGGCCUAAUUGGGUAAUAUGUUAGCUUCCCAGAUUCUUUCAAAUACAGAAAUAUAGUUCUGCCGAGAGAAGUAAGCUGAAACAUUAAACCAUUAUUUUGUGCUGUGCAGUGAGGCAUUCAUAUUAUGAAUCUCCUAACUUGACUUUGGAACAUUCAUGAAUUAUCUUCUCAGGCUUGAAGACAUAAUAUGAGUUAGCUACAUUUUGAAUAAACGAUGUGCAGAGCAGAAUAACCGUGUACAUCAUAAAAAUACAAAACAAUUGUCAAAGUAUUAAUUACUCUUACAGUAGGCUUAUAAAGUGAAGACGGCACUAAAUUGUAACCUUGGAGGGAGGGGGAAGGCCCAUAAUUUUGCAAGCUUUGUGAAAUAUCUCUCUCUCUCUCUCUCUCUCUCUCUUUCUCUCUCUCUCUCUCUCUCUCGAUAUCACAAAGAUGCAGUGGUCAGUAGAAAAAUCAAUUACUUUUUUGUGAUUUUAUUAGUGACUCAAAUUUCUUGUAUCUCAUUUUAUAAUGUUGUAUUUCUUUUUAGUUGACUAUCUAUCAUUUGUGAUAAUCAGCGUAAAUGUUUAUUUGAAAUCCUUAAAUAUGGCAUUUGGACACACAAUGAAAUGUGUGUAUGGAGGUCACAGCAAUAAGUUGUAGUUCCAAUUUGUGGGUGGUUUAACCGUUAUCUUUAGGGAGGCAAUUGAUACAUAAGCCUAGUUCUCAUUUUGAUCUUCUUAAUUUCCCACAAAGUUAGUUAACUGCUUGCAUCAUUCUAACCAGUGAAAAUAUUUAAGAAAGAAAUUUCAUUAUACCGCAGAAUGCAACGUCAGGAGGGUUGCGCAUCAGAGAUGGAUGUUCCUUCUCCUUUGUGCCUCACUGUGUCAGUGUAUAGAGUGCUUUAGAAGUUAUGUCUUUAUAAUAAAUUACACGUCGAUAUUCCACUUAUAAUGUUAUGUGGCCAACUGAGUCACUGUAUAUGCAGGACUUUGAAAUUGCCUCCAAAUUAAAACUCAAUAUACAUUUAGCUGGUGCUCGCAUAUAUGCAUAUGCAGUAACUAACUGUCAUAUAGUGUGUGUUCAAACUUGCUGUCUCAGUAUUAUGUAUGUAUUUGUGCAAGUAUUGAUGUGUAUGGCCAUGUCAAAUCUAAAUGCAUUACAGUUGUUAUAUACUGAAAUGCUUGUGUGUUCGUACUAUGUGUCUUUGACAGAAAAUGUUAUGACUGGUUGUUACUUAUAAACUGAGCUAGUAUAUUUUCAUUCACAUCAUUACUAUAAGUGAAUUCCUCAAACAGUUAUCAGUAUUUUGUACCGAUAUGUACCUAAAAAGGGUGGAGAUAUAAAUAUUUAACGAAUAUGUAUAAUUUUGAAAUCUUGUUGCCUAGAUAAGUCAGAUACAAUUGUUGAAUGUUAUGUAGAAAUUGAGAUAAUUAAGUGUCUGCAUAUUAAAAUGGGUUUGGCAGAAGUGGUGUCACAAAAGCCAUCAAAAGCACACAUUUUCUGUUUUAAUACCUCGUGAUGUUUGCCCCAACCACCAGAUGCAAGUAACAAUGAAUUCCAACUGGCACUAUAUUAUGCGCAUUCUGAAAUGUCACCCUACGUUCAACCUUGCAAUCAAUUGGAGAAAAAAAAUCAGAGCCACUCCUUUCAACUGCUUCACAAUCGAUGUUGGCAGUUGCAGGGAUUGUCAUCUGUCUUGUACUAUAGAUUUACAUUGGAUUUCUCACUUUCUGCAGUAGACAGUCUGUUUUUGAGCUGUGGGAGGAAAAAUUGUUUCCCAAUGACCCACACUGAAAGAUCAAGCUCCUUGUACUUUGGAUAUAGUGCCACAAAAUGAAUGUUGAGCACAGUGAAUAUAGUUAUCAAGAGAGUGUGAAAAACUGUCAGUGGAGCAGGUCGGGUUGGCACCACACUAAUGACUGUCAGGACUAAAGGGGCAUAUUGUCAGCAAGAUCAGUGUUUUAGCAGAAAAGAGCUGAGGUAUGAAGGAAGGUGGGGGUUGUUUGUUAUCAUGAGCAAGUCCCCUUUAGAUCAUAUUUGUUAUAAAAAUGUUUACUUAUUCAUUUAUUUUCCUGUCCCAGUUGAAUACAUGCUCAGUUUCGAAUGAGUCCUCUCAUUUUUUAACAGGUGUCUACACAAAAAAUUACAUCAUUAGUGAAAAAUAUAAACACAAAAUGUUAAAAUAUAUAAAAGUUCUCGACAUUCUAUCUAGAGGUCACAAAAGUCCAUCGCAACGGCUGUGACAUACCUGCAUUUUUAUUGUAAUUUUAAAAUAAUUCCAGUGUAAUAUGUAAAAGUUUUGUUCUGUUCCUACAGUCGAUAUUCUUGGCACAAGUGACUUCCGUGCCACUUAGCAGAUAUGGUCAAAUGUACUUGAUAGGUGCCAAUAAGUGUGUGUGUGCACUGUCAUCUUGCCACAGCACUGGUGUGUGUCUGCCUAUUCCAGUUAAUAACUGACAGUGUGUGCCUCUCAAUCUCUUCUGUUUUAUAAAAUACUUAAAAUUUUCCCAUUCUUCAUAAAAAGUGGUUGUAACAUUGCACAUUUUGUUAAAAUUUGAAACUGUAUUCGUAACACUGUUACACUGACAGCCUCCACAACUCCACUGCAGUUGCAAACUUUACAAUUUUAAUUAAAAAGCUCUUAAAUCAUUCAAAAUCUCAUAAAACAUGUUGUAAAUUGAGUUAGAAUAAUAUGGUUUGAAAAUGAAUGGACUCAUUCAAAAACAGUCACCAAUAAGGAAUAUGUAUGCAACUGUAACAAGAAACUAAAUAAAUAAUAAAAUAUAGUUGCUGAUCCUUUACAUCGAUGUGGUGUUGGAGUUACACAGAUGUAUAAAAUAUUGCUCUGAAAUAUUUGAGAACAGUAUGCAGUUACCUGCUUCUGCCACCCAAUGCUUGCUGCCAUAUAUAUAUAAUAAAUGGAAUUUCUUAAAUUAUAUACUAAAUUUACAUAAUUUAUCCUGUGAGUUAUGAAAAGCAGUGCUAGCAUAAGCAGAAAAUACUUUGUUCGCAGCUCAUCUCACCUCACAAGUAUGUGCUUCUGUAUAUGACCUCUUAUGGUAUUUAUGCCCCACAGACUGUUUAUGUAUGUAUAAAGUAACAAAAUUGUUGUUAACCCCAGUGUUAAAAGUGUUUUGCUGAAUAUUCCUCUCUCAUCUCCUCUGUCCACCUUCUUAUCCCAACUUAUAUCAGACCUAGCUGAGUGCCACAGUGGUGAAAUACUGAACUAGAAAUCGGGAUUCUUCUUUGGUAGGACCUGGCUCUACCUCAGUUUAAUGCUAUCUUUGUCCAUUUUUAUCUGGCAUUCUAAGACUUCUUCUGCCUGUCCCCCUGCAAUCUUUCAGUCAUUCACUCUUUGUUGCAAGCAGUUUCUUUCCAAUACGUCUCAGCUGAGAUGUUUUCCUCAUUCUUACCAUAUCCUCUAGAUUUUUUUCCCUCUACUAUUCAAACAAGUAAGUCUUCAUUCCUAAUUCCGUCAGUCCAUUUUACUUUUAGCAGUUUUCUUCACGUCAUCAUUCUAAAACUAUGUAUGAAUUUUUCCUCUUUUUGUCUGUCCCUGAUUUGCUGUCAUAUAAUGCUGUUCCUCAGGUAGAAUACUUAACAUGUAUCUUUUUUAUUUAUUGACUUUUUCCCCUCUUUCAAAAGCCCGUUUACCCUUAGAUAUUCUGCUUCUUAUUUCCUUCACACAUCUUCCAUUUUCUUUCACCAAACAGCCAAAAUUUGUGCAAGAUUUUACUUGUUCCGAGGUCUGUCCUACAUUUAUCCUCAUUCUCUACUAUUUUCCCACUUUUACUAUCAUCUCCAUCAUAAAUCGUAGUUCUUCUCAGUUAGCCAACACUGCUUAUCAUCUGCACACUUAUUUGCCUUUAUCCUUUCACUCCCUACUGUUGUGCUUCUUGCUUUCUCCAAUGCUUUAUCUGUUAGUACAGCAACUGAAGUCCCCAUACGGUCAUCCAGAAUUUUGUUGUUUGUGAUUUCCUGAAACCACUUAAUGAGACAAAUGCUGAUACAGUUCCCUCUGCAAGCAGGUGACUGGCAUCCUUCCCCAACCAAGGAUGUACUCCAUCUCUUCUAAGUCACUGUCAACAGGUAUUAAACACCAGUCUUACUUUCUUUUUACAUGACUUAAAAUUACAGGGAGAUAGCAUGGCUAGCCAGUUAUUAAUCUCAGGAGACAAAAUUCAUAUUAUUGAUGGUAGAAACAUUCAAAAUAGAAAAUACUAAUCCUAGCUUUGAAAAGGUCCAUGUUUCUUCUUCAGGGAGAAAGACAGGUGAUUUGGGAAGGUAUGUUGCUCUCAGCCUAAGGUCUGAGAAUUCCCACAUCAUAUGUGCAAAUAGUGAUUUCUUUCUGAAUCUGGCUUCUAAGUGACAUGCCCUUUCUUUCUCCCGUAUCAGUAUAUUGUUGAAUGAACCAUCAAAUGAGUAUUUAUUACCAUAACUCUCAUUUAGCAUUAUCAUUGAUUUCAUCUCCUUUAAUAAUGUCAUUCUUUCUGCUGAUAUUUAUUUUAGUAAUUAACAAUAAUGGCUUUUGCAGAACAAACAGAAAGUCUUUCCUAUUUUCUGAUCAAAAUUAUUGCUGACGAGAUAAUUCAUUUGGUGAACAUUCAUUUCUUUUUCUGGCCCCACCCUUUGUGUGAACAUAUGUCCUGUACAAGGAAUUAUUUAGGGAAACAUUAAAUUAGUAAUCAGUAAAUUAGUAACUAAAGAGAUGUGUUCUAUCAUUAUCCUGUUCAUUGCGACCUACAAACUUCAUCUUCAUGGAUAAAGUUACAUUCCAAUUUUGUACCCAUUGAUAAUUCUAAAAAGUGUGGUAAUGCUCAAUGUGUGUGGCAGCUGUCCUGUUUAUAUUGUAAGGACCAGAAGACAUGCUUGUGAGAUUUCUUUUGAAAGUAAGUCAAGGAUGUCAUUAAUAUAACUCUUUGAUAUUGCACUACUAACUUUCUCGCCAAUGCAAGUUGGUGUGGUCACAAGUUAUAAAUUUUUUAUUUGCAUUGAUGGGAAAUCACGGAUGGAAUAUAAUAUGUGUAAGAGGAUGGUUAAUUACUAGCCAGUAGACUAGAAUUAUAGUCAGUUUUUUGUCAGAGCUCACACAAACACAGUGAUGAAAGCAAAAUAAUAUCCAUUUUUUCUAAGUGUGGCUGACUGUCACUCAGUACCUCUUCUGUUUGGGGAGUAGUAAUCAAUCCUCAUAUACAUAUCAAAUUUGUCAUGUAGAAUAAGUGAUUGGAAUACAAACUGAAAUUGAACUGUUUGUUGCUGUAGAGGCAUUUUUGUUAGAAAGUUUUUCAUUCAUAAAUAUGCGAUGUCACUGAAGGCAAUUUCUAUGUAAGUACAGCACACAACCCAUUUAAUGUGAUUAUAAAAUAUGUUUUGUAGUGACAUCAGAAGGAAUAUUGCUUCAUGAAAGGAUUAGUGUUAAGAGACUUUCAUCCAUGCUUGGCAUAAACCUGAAUGCUUCACUUUCAUGAACCAAAUAGGUGUCCCCCCC